UCGGAGACAAGCCUCCUCUCUUUCUCAUUCAACUAUGUGAUCUGGGUUUUUUUUUCCCCACACACGGACCCUUGUCUCUUUCUCUUUCUCCUCUCCUCUCCUUGUCUCCCCCUCCUCCUCCUCCUCCUCCUCCUCCUCUUCUUCUCCUCCUCGGCACACUCAAUGCGCAGCUCCCUCCCGCAAAGGAACCCGCAUUUAUCCGGAGAAGUUACUUUUCCCUUAAAAAUAGUUUCAAGUUUGAACUUUACUUUUGUUUGUUAAACCCCCCGGACAUGACCACUAUGGCAACUCCGGCUGCCCCGGCUCUGCUCCCCGGCGCCACACUCGGGCACCACCCGGCGCAGAGUUCCGUCUCUCCGGCCACCAACUCUCCGCCACCUGCGGCCACCUCCGCCGCGUCCUCCCCGGCGCUGCUUCACCAGUUCAGGGCGGACCUCUUGCUGGCGAACGGGGCACCGCUGAAACCCGGCGCAGCCCCGGCGUCCGGAGGCUCCAAGCCCGUGUACGCCACCCCGUCCCCCGUGGAGAGCACGCCGCAGAACAACGAGUGCAAGCUGGUGGAGGUGAAAGGUGCCAAGCUCGCCUCGUUCACGGUGAGAGACACGGAGCUCAUCUGUCUGCCGCAGGCUUUCGACGUGUUCCUCAAGCACCUGGUCGGCGGGCUCCACACCGUCUACACCAAGCUGAAGCGGCUGGACAUUGCCCCGGUGGUGUGCAACGUGGAGCAGGUCCGUGUGCUGCGGGGGCUCGGUGCCAUCCAGCCCGGGGUGAACCGGUGCAAACUCAUCUCCAGGCAGGACUUCGAGACGCUCUACAGCGACUGUACCAACGCAAGCUCGAGGCCGGGACGACCGCCCAAGAGGCUGCAGAGUGUGACAGAGGGCGGGACUCACCACAUGCUGUCCCACAGCGGUCUGAUGCAUGCUGGGAUCAUACCUCCUGCAGGUGACCACCCAGGCCUCACUACGCAAACACGUAGCCAUGUGCACAUGUAUCUGUCUGCCCUGGCCAAGAAGAUCAAGCUGGAGGCGAUGGCCGGUUACCACAGCAACCAACAACAUGGCGGGCUCAACGGAGAGAACGGUGACCACAACCACGGACUGGUUCUGGAUCAGUUGCCCUUCAUGAUGAUGUCACAUCCUCUGAUUCCUGCAAGCCUGGCGCCGGCCUCCGUUUCCAUGGCGAUGGGCCAGAUGAACCGACUGAGCACGCUGGCCAGCAUGGCCAACGUGGCGCAGCUCCACGCGAAGCCCCCUGCCAGGGCUCCCACCUCCGUCAUUAAGGAGCGUGUGCAUGACAGCCCCUCCCCCUCUCCCUCAUUGGAGGAAGCUCAGAUGUCAUCCAAUCACAGCAGCAGUGUGUCGAGUUCACCGUCUCACACAGAGCGCUCUGCAGAAACCACACACCCACACGAUGACGGCCUGUCAUCGAGUCACAAUGUGUUGGGGCACUCACCUGGAGUGGUGCACGUGGCCAGAGAGACAGAUGGGACCUCGAUGGAGUACAGCAAGGAGAACAAGAGGAGCCACACUGACAGAGAUAACAGCUCCGUGGCCGCUCAGACGACCAGGGAGAGCUGUGAUAGACAAGUCUACCAGAAACCCCCAUCAGGCUGUGAGAGGGUAUCUUACCCCGCAGGACAGAAGCUCCCAGCAGGUCUCCACCACACUCCCUUCAUCUUCCCGGAAGGCUUGUCCUCCAUAGAGACCCUGCUCACGAACAUCCAGCAGGGUCUGCUGAGGGUUGCCAUAGAGAACGCCCGGGCGCAGGAGAAGCAGGACCAGAUGGAGAGGACAGAGCUGAAGAUGGAGCUGGUCCGAGAGAGGGAGCUAAGGGAGACCCUGGAGAGGCAGCUCAGCAUGGAGCAGAAAAACAGAGUUCUGAUCCAGAAGCGCCUGAAGAAGGAAAAGAGGAGUAAGAGGAGACUACAGGAGGCCUUGGAGGAGGAAGUCAAACUGCGUGAUCAGGCGGAGCACACCCUGCUGCACACUGCCAACACACACACAGGCCAUCAAUCAUCGGCAGCCCCUCCUCACACAGAGUCUGUGACCCAGGACGUGGACGGGAGCAAUCACGAUGACAACAGGAUGGACGCCAAGGCAACAGUACAAGACUGGAUUUCUUUCUGGAUUUCAGAGGGCAGAGUGUUCCUGCAGACCACCGGGAUGUACUGAAGAAGAGGUGGUAGCAACGACGGAUGAAUGGAAGAAUGGAGUGAUGAAGAUUCCUCAUUUAUGAGAGAUACAAUCGACAGGCAUGCUCGGCCGCGCAGAGGCAUCCGUGAUGCACAUCUCCGCCUCCUCGAGAAGACUCCCCUACAUUUUCAAGGGUGACAUUUGAACUUUUCCAUUGUUCUCUUGUUUAAUUUAUUGCAUUUAUCACCGAAUCUCGGCCGUAGCGGGAACAGUACUUUAUUCUGAUGAUGUGUUUGUCCGUGUUUCUUUCAAUCAAGGUUUUUAGAUCCUAGAUGAAGAUGACCAUAUUUGUUUAUUUUCGUCAGUGCUGUUUAUCUGGACACAAGUGGCGAAUAUGACUUGUAACAGAGUUGUGUACAUAUACGAUAUAUAGUCAUCAUUUUUGUUAUCAUUAUUAUUACUAUCACAAAAACAUAUUGGCAUGUUGUACAGUCAGUAAAUGACUUGUAUUGUGUAUGUUAUGCAGUAGUGCAGUUUGACAAU